AUGGAAGAAUACCAACAUGAAAGCAGCUCCACUCCUCAAAGAGUAAGUUUCUUGUACUCUCCGAUCUCUUCUUCCAACAAAAACGACAACACCAACAACAACGAUAAUAACAAGUAUGGUCCUGGUUACCACAAUCAUCAUCAACAACAUCAUCAACACAUGUUGUUCCCACAUAUGAGCUCGCUUCUCCCUCAAACGACCGAGAAUUGCUUCCGAUCCGAUCAUGAUCAGCCUACCAACCCAUCUGUUAAAUCCGAAGCAAGCUCCUCAAGAAUCAAUCACUACUCUAUGUUGAUGAAAGCCAUCCACAAUACUCAAGAAGCUAACAACAACAACGAUGUCGAAGCCAUGAAGGCUAAGAUCAUCGCUCAUCCUCACUACUCUACCCUCCUACAAGCCUACUUGGACUGCCAAAAGAUUGGGGCACCACCUGAGGUUGUUGAUAAAAUCAUGGAGGCGCGUCAAGAAUUUGAAGCGCUACAGCAGCGUUCUACAGUCUCUGUGUCUGCUUCGUCUAGAGACCCGGAAUUAGAUCAAUUCAUGGAAGCCUAUUGUGACAUGUUGGUUAAAUAUCGAGAGGAGCUAACACGGCCUAUUCAAGAAGCGAUGGACUUUAUACGUCGUAUUGAAUCUCAGCUUAGCAUGUUGUGUCAGGGUCCCAUUCACAUUCUCAACAAUCCUGCUGGGAAAAGUGAGGGGAUGGGAUCAUCAGAUGAAGAGCAAGAGAAUAACAGUGGAGGGGAAACAGAAUUACCAGAAAUAGAUCCGAGAGCGGAAGAUCGAGAACUCAAGAACCACUUGCUAAAGAAGUACAGUGGAUACUUGAGCAGUCUGAAGCAAGAACUGUCCAAGAAAAAGAAGAAAGGCAAACUUCCCAAAGAAGCAAGGCAGAAGCUUCUUACGUGGUGGGACUUGCAUUACAAGUGGCCGUAUCCUUCUGAGUCAGAGAAAGUAGCGCUGGCGGAAUCAACCGGGUUAGAUCAGAAGCAAAUCAACAAUUGGUUUAUAAACCAAAGAAAACGUCACUGGAAACCAUCUGAAGACAUGCAGUUCAUGGUGAUGGAUGGUCUGCAGCACCCGCAUCACGCAGCUCUAUACAUGGAUGGUCAUUACAUGGGCGAUGGACCUUAUCGUCUCGGACCAUAG